AUGUCGUCCGCAACCAACACCACCCCCGAGGUCAUCACCCCCUCCGAGAGCAGCGCAUCCGCCACUGCUCUCAUCACCAUCACCAUGGCCACCAACCCCUCCACCCUCGAGCGUCUCCCGCAGGAGAUCCUCCUCAAAGUCAACAAGCUCCUCAUCUUUCGUGGCGCCUCCCGCCUCGCCCGUACCUCAAAGUAUCUCUACCGCAUCCUCAACCGGGAGAUCUACAAGCUCGCCGGCAAGCACGACAACUGGUACCCGCUCUUCGCCGCAGCAGCCACCGGCAACAUCGGCACCUUUGAGCGCUGCUUCGAGAACGGCGCCGUGGUCGACACCCACUGGCCCCUGUACUCGACUCUGGAGUUUGGACACGGCCAGCGUCUCUACCUCACCCUCGGCUGGCGUCCUCUGCGCCAGGCCAUCUCCUCUCGACAGACCGUCGCUGUGGACUGGCUCCUCCAUCAUGGCGCUGAUCCUGAUGAGACCCUCCUGGAGGCGGUCUUGAUGCACCGUCGCGAGGCGCCCCUUGCUUUUGCCUUUCGUUGUGGACACGGGCGGUUCCAGAACUGGAUCACCUGCCGUACCAUUCUCUUUGAUCUCCUUGAGGCUGGCGCUGACCUCAAUGAGGUCGAGCAGGGUCCGGCUGAUGAGAUCGAGGCUAUGUACGACUACCGUUGGUACAUCUCCGCGUACUGGCAGUCUGGACUUUGA